AUGGCUCCCGGCGUCCUCUGCGACACUUGUUCGGUGGAGGAGACUCGCGCGAAGAUAGAAGAGUUCGUUAUCAACGGCAAGAACAAAGAUGAUAAGCCCGCAAACGGAGAGAAGGUGGUCAAUGGCGACGCACACACUACGGACGGGGAAGUCCAACCAAACGGGACCCCAGCAGCGCCAAAUGGCGAGGCCAAGCCGGAGAAUGCCAGUGAAGGCGGAGGCGAAGGCGAGACCAGCGAGCCCGAGGACCAGACCAUGAAGUGCGAGAUCAAGCAUCUCGACAGGCGGUACGACGAUGACGACGAGACCUACUUCGAGGAGCGCAAGACCGAGGUGGAGAAGAAGCCCGCGCAAAAGGACUGGUGGCGACUGUUUGCCUUCUGCUCGGUCCGGAGCUAUGACUCGGAGGGCGAGCUCGAGGGAACCAGCCUCUAUGUCAACCCGCAACCGCUCCGCCAGCUGCUUUUCGACGUGAUCGGCAACUACCCUGGGGACCCCAUCGAUGUGGACGACGUCCAGAUCGACGCUCCCUACCACUCGCUGUUCCACUACCGGAAGCAGCUAGAGACGGAGGGCAACAAGCGCUUUGCCGAGGACCCGGAGUCACUCGAGCACUUACGCCUGCUCUUGAACUGGAUCAAGACGCACUUCGAGCUCGACAUUGCCGCCUACGAGCGGUGCACCACCCAGCCACACAAGGUCAUCGCCUACGACAGGCUAUGGACCCUCUUCCCGCCCGGCACCAUCGCCUACUGCAAGCUGCUCUCGCAGAACCGCGCCUUCCGCAUCGUGGACACCUACUACGACGAGUCCGACACCAACCCCUGCAUGGGCUUGAGGGCCGACUUUGUCGACUUCGACGGCCUGAACCUGGGCACCCGGCGGAUCGAGCUGGCAAUCCCCAAGUACCAGGGCACGCGGGAGCUGAGCGAGCUCGGCACCAUCCCGCUGGACCUGCUCGACGACGCCAGCGAUCUGCGGGAGGAGCUGAUCGCGCGAGGGAGGAAGUUUGAGAGCUACAUCGGCUCCCACUUCCUCCAAUACGACGGCAUCGCCCUCAAGAAGACGCCCGAAGGCUACGCCCGCUUCACCGUCUCGGGUCGGGUCAUGAUCGACUGCAAGACGUACCACCGACUCGAACCCAACGACUCGUUCUUUUGCGUGAGCCUGAACGACGACUCGACCAAGAUGGAGCGCAGCCGCAAGAGGGCCCAGGCCCACAUGACGUUUGCCGGCGCGGAUGGCGAGCGCAAGUUUGACAAGCUGUCAGACGAGAACGCCAUGCUGACCAACGCCACCGUCCGGGGGUAUUCGUUCACCGCCAAAAAAUUCCUGGAGUUCUUCGUCGAAGAACUCAAGCCCAUAGAGUGGAACACGCGCUGCUUUGACGAGCUGGUGCUCGACCCGGCCAUCAAGAAGACGGUGCAGGCGCUGGUGUCGACGCACGCCCAGAAGCGCGAGAGCUUCGACGACAUUGUCAAGGGCAAGGGCAUGGGCCUGGUAUGCGUGCUCCACGGCCCGCCCGGCGUCGGCAAGACGCUGACGGCUGAGUGCGUCGCCGAGUUUGUCAAGCGGCCGCUGUACAUGGUGUCGUCCGGUGAUCUCGGAACCUGCAGCGCCGAUCUAGACCGCAACUUGACCCGCAUCAUGGAUAUGACAGCGACGUGGCGCGCGGUCCUGCUGAUCGACGAGGCCGACGUGUUCCUGGAGCGGCGCUCGCUGCACGACCUGCACCGCAACGCCAUGGUCAGCGUCUUCCUGCGCGUGCUCGAGUACUACGCGGGCAUCCUGUUUCUGACGACCAACCGCGUCGCCACCUUUGACGACGCCUUCAAGUCGCGCAUCCACAUCCCCAUCCGCUACACGGACCUGACGGUCGACUCGCGCCGGCAGAUCUGGCGCAACUUUUGCGCCAAGGUGCCCGGCGGCGUCGACAUUGACGACAGAGGGUUCGAGGCGCUCGCCGAGACUGAUCUGAACGGGCGGCAGAUCAAGAAUGCGAUCAAGGCGGCUGAGAGUCUGGCUGCGUUUGAUGGGGCCAAGUUGGAUCUGAAGCAGCUGCUGCAGAUCACGAAGAUCCAGGCUAUGUUUGAGAGCGAUUUGACGAGCCUCAGCGGGGUGGACUACACGGCGCCGGGCUCGAGCAAGAAGGAUGCUGAGAGCAGGAAUAUGUUCCUGUGA